GGCACAUCUCUUCCUCCCUCUCGACUCUGGACCUCUCCUCUCCACGCCGACCGCCAUGGCCGCCGCCGCCGAGGUCGACGCGGCCCCCGACCUCCCCAACGGAUCCUCCGCCACCGCCACAACCGACAAGAAGAAGUCGCGGGAGAGCGAGCGCCGCCGCCGCCGCCGCAAGCAGAAGAAGAACAAGGCCGCGUCCAACGCCGCAGAUGCGGAUGCGGCCGGGGACGCCGGGGCCGACGACGACGCCGCCGAGGAGAAGCCUGAUGUCAAACCCCAGGUGGAGGUGGAGGUGGAGUACGUCCCGGAGCAGGCGGACCUGGACGACGGCCUCCUCGCCGACUUCAAGAGCAUCUUCGACAAGUUCACCUUCAAGGAUUCCUCUGCCGACGCCGAGGAUGACGAGAAGAAAGAUGAGGCUGGCACUGAUGCCGCAAAGAAGGCUGCAGGGUCUGAUUCGGACGACGACGAGCAGGGGACACAGCAAAAGAAGGAAGGGGGCUUGUCCAACAAGCAAAAGAAACUACAACGAAGGAUGAAGAUUGCAGAACUGAAACAGAUAUGCAAUAGACCUGAUGUUGUGGAGGUCUGGGAUGCAACGGCAUCGGAUCCAUCAUUACUUGUCUAUCUGAAGUCCUACAGGAACACUGUACCUGUCCCAAGGCAUUGGUGUCAAAAGCGCAAAUUCUUGCAGGGUAAGCGAGGUAUCGAGAAACAACCUUUUCAACUCCCUGACUUCAUCGCUGCAACUGGAAUAGAAAAAAUAAGACAGGCAUAUAUUGAGAAGGAGGAUAGUAAAAAGUUGAAACAAAAGCAGCGGGAGCGUAUGCAACCAAAAAUGGGCAAGAUGGAUAUAGAUUAUCAGGUCUUGCAUGACGCCUUCUUCAAAUACCAAACAAAGCCAAAAUUGACUAGUCAUGGUGACCUGUAUUAUGAAGGGAAAGAGUUUGAGGUCAAGCUUAGGGAAAUGAAGCCAGGCAUGCUGUCGCGAGAACUUAAAGAGGCUCUUGGUAUGCCUGAUGGUGCGCCACCUCCAUGGCUUAUAAACAUGCAGAGAUAUGGUCCUCCGCCCUCUUAUCCUCAGCUGAAGAUUCCUGGGCUAAAUGCUCCGAUUCCUCCUGGUGCUAGCUUCGGAUACCGACCUGGGGAAUGGGGAAAACCUCCUGUUGAUGAGCAUGGGCGCCCCUUAUAUGGAGAUGUUUUUGGAGUCCUACAGCAGGAUGAACCUAAUUAUGAUGAAGAACCUGUUGAUCGCAGCAAGCACUGGGGAGACUUGGAGGAGGAAGAGGAGGAGGAGGAAGAAGAGGAGGAAGAGGAGGAAGAAGAGCCAAUGGAAGAUGAAGACAUGGAAGACGGCAUGCAAUCUGUUGACACCAUCUCAAGCACUCCAACUGGUGUGGAAACACCUGAUGUGAUUGAUCUUCGGAAGCUGCAGCGGAAAGAGCCUGAAAAGCAGACCGAGAAGCAACUAUACCAGAUUCUUGAGCAAAAAGAAGAAAGAAUUGCUCCUGGGGCUAUCUAUGGAUCAAGCCAUACGUAUGCGAUUGGUGCACAGGAUAAGGCUGGUCCUAAAAGGGUGGAUCUUCUCAAGAAUCAGAAGUCUGAUAAGGUGGAUGUCACCAUACAACCUGAGGAGCUUGAAGUUAUGGAUGAUGUUUUGGCUGCCAAGUACGAGGAAGCCCGGGAGGAGGAGAAGCUACGGAACCAGAAGGAAGAUUUCAGCGACAUGGUGGCGGAGAACGCAAGCAAGAGGAAGAGGAAGCAGGAGAAGGACGGGAAGUCGAAGAAGAAAGACUUCAAGUUCUAGAUGUUGCCCUUUGCGAGUUAGCCAGAUCCAAGGAAGAGGAGGCGGCACGGCAUCCAUCUGUUUUUUUAGAUUGCCCUUGUCUGAGAAUAGAUGAAUGCGUAGGCACGAGUGUAGCAGCAGCACAGCCCUUUUUUAUGUGUGUGUGUAUUGUAUGACUGAUGGCCUUCACCUUGAUAUGAUGAUGAUGUUUACUUUACUGGACAA